AUGCCGCAAGGUAAGGGCCAGGUCAAAUAUGCAGUUGUCGCCGUAGACUACUUCACCAAGUGGACGAACAUUUGCUGCCGAUUCGGAAUCCCCUACGCCAUUAUCACCGAUAACGGCAGGCAAUUCGAUUCGGACGCCUUUAGACAGUUCUGCACUCGCCUCAAGGUCAAUAUGUUCUUCGCUUCACCAGCUCACCCCCAAUCGAACGGUCAGGUCGAAGCGAUGAACAAAAUAAUCAAGAAGCUAUUGAAAUGGCAGCUUAACAAAGCCAAAGGAGCAUGGCCGGAGAAGCUUCCAGAGGCAUUAUGGGCCAUCCGGACAUCCUACUGA